CACCGCAAAAAUAUAUUUUGUUUGUUUACAUUUUCAGAUUUAGAUCAAAACAAAUCAACUUCAAUAGAAACAACUUCUUAAACGGAUAACAACCAUGGGCAUUGAAAGUGAUGAUGGCUCUGAUUCAGGGGCUGGUAAUAAUAUUAAGGUAUUGGUGAGAGUGAGGCCACUUUUACGAAGAGAAUUGGAAGCCAAUCAAGAUCAAGCUGUGAUUGAUAGUUUAAUUACUAUGCCACCAGAAGAAUCAAAACGAGUUAUACUACGGAUUCCAGAAGAUUCCACUUAUCAUUCACAAAAGAAUAAGACUCUCAAUCGAUCAAAUUCCCCAGGAGAAGAAUAUAAACUGUAUUAUUUUGAUGAAACCAUCUGGUCAUAUAAUAGACAUGAUGAUCAUUAUUGUGAUAAUAAACAAUUCUAUCAAAAGACUGGUCCUCAAUUGGUUGAUCAUGUAUUUCAAGGAUAUAAUGUUUGUUUGUUAGCUUAUGGUCAAACUAGUUCAGGUAAGACUUAUACUAUGAUGGGAGAACCUGAACUUGAAGAAUUAGGAUUGGUGCCUAGAAUAGUUAGAGAUAUUAUGCGUCAACGUGAAGUAUUGGUAUCGGAAAAGAUUAAUUGUGAAGUUAAAAUGUCAUAUGUGGAAAUAUAUAAUGAACAAGUGAAGGAUUUACUUGAUGUGGAUAAUAUUGGAAAGAGCAACAGUAAUAAACCGAAAUUAAGAGUUAGAGAACAUCCUGUUCUGGGUCCUUAUAUUGAAAAUGUAGUGGAAUCUACUUUACAUAAUUAUGAUGAUUUUACAAGACAUUUAGAGAAUGGUAAUCUUGCUAGAUCUACAGCUGCUACUUCUAUGAAUGAUAAGAGUUCGAGAUCGCAUGCUAUUAUUACUAUAACUUUAAAACAAACUAAAUUUGGAUCAUCUGAAGAUUCUGAAUCUGAGAUUGGAGAAGCUGAAGAAGAAAUGAUUUCCAAUAUUAAACUUGUUGAUCUUGCGGGAUCAGAAAGAUUAUCCAAGACUAAAGUUUUCGGACAACAAGAUAGAAUAAAAGAAGGGUCCCAAAUCAAUAAAUCCUUAACUGUAUUAGGUCGUUGUAUUAACAUCCUUUCAUCAGAGACCAAUCAUGGAGUUGUUCCUUAUAGAGAUUCAGUAUUGACAUAUAUAUUAAAGGAGAAUCUUGCGGGUAAUUCCAAAAGUUAUAUGAUCUUCUGUGUUUCACCAAUUGAUUUUGAAGAAACUUAUCAAACCCUAAACUAUGCCAAUCAAGUUAAAUCAAUCAAGACAGCUGCCAGAGCUAAUAAGAUUAAAUUAGCUAGUAUACCAAUUGAUUGGGAAGAGAUGAAGAAAUUAGAUCAAGAUGCGAUUGAUUUAUUAAAACUCGAAGUUGAAUCAUUGACGGCUCGAUUACAACAGUUUGAGUUUGAGUCAGAAACGUCUAAUUCAUUACAAAAAGAAAUGGGUAAGUAUUCGAAUACAAUCAAUUUCUUAGAGAGAGAACUUAAUCAACUUCGAUUUGAAAAUAAAUAUUUGAAAUUGCAAUCCCAUAAGCAAACCCAACAAAUCAAUGAGAUUAAUAAAUAUGCUGAAUUCGUUACUACUGAAUAUGAUUCGUUACAUGGCAAAUAUCAAUCAUUGCAACAAUAUCAAUUUGAACAUGAUAUGAAGAGAUUACAGGACCAUUCCCAUACUGGAUUACAACAACUUGAAUCGAUGCUUGAUAUAUAUGAUCCUAAGAAUACGUUCUAACCUUUAAAUAAACAACCGCCUCAUACUAUCCUUCUUCUUCUUCUUCUUCUUGUAGAUAAGAUUAUUUGAUCUAGCUGGCAAAAAGCUUAACAUUUGAAAUCCCGCACUGUGGAAAAGUACAGAAACGAAAAAUAAAUUAAACAGC